UUCCCUCUCUCCCUCCUGUCUUCCUUCCCUCCCUCCUUCAUCCCUCUCUUCCCUCCCUCCCUCAUCCCUCCUCUCUUCCCUCUCUCCCUCCUGUCUUCCUUCCCUCCCUCCCUGUGUCAGUCACAGUCAUGUGAUGUUUCUCUUCCUUCCCUCUAGUUUUAUCUGAACACUGUUCACAUUUCGUUCUCUGUCGACUCUGUUGUUGUCAAUAAAGCUUGAGUGGAUUGAAAGUAAUCCGUCAGAUUAGCAGCGUGUCCAGUCUGUUAAUCUGUUGGUUGCCGACAUGUUGACUAGGAGGAACUCGCUGCUGCUGUCAGUGCUGCUGUGCGUGUCGGUGGUCUCGACCUUCGUGGAGGAGCUCGAUGACUCCUUCCUGGAGGCGAGAGGGGAGAAUGACAUCUGGCUCAUUGAAUUCUACGCCCCCUGGUGUUCUUUCUGUAAACAGCUGGAACCUGUUUGGCAUCAGAUCGGAUCAGAACUGAAGAGUCUCGGUUCUCCGGUGAACGUUGGCAAAUCAGACGCCACCGCCAACACAGGUUUGGCCAAAGAGUUCAAGGUCAGAGGUUAUCCAGCCAUCCUAAUGUGGAAGAAAAAUAUGAAAUAUGUUUAUUCAGGACGAAGAAGCAAAGACGGAAUCAUGGAGUUUACAGAGCGAGUGGCAGGGCCGACGGUUCGAUCUCUAAAUUCUCUGCAGCUUUUCCAACACGUUAUGAAGCGACAUGAUGUCAUGUUCGUUUAUGUAGGAGCCACAUCACAGCUGAAGGGAAACUUCACGUCUGCAGCUGAACUUCUCAUCGUUCACAACUUCUUCUUCUCUGCUGCCAGAGAUGUCCUGCCAAAGGAUGUCUCUGUGGCGUCUCUUCCCACUGUCGUGCUGUUUAAAGACAGAACAUAUUUCAUCUACAACGAGGAGGGAGACGGUGACCUGAUGUCGUGCAUCAACAGAGAACGUUUCCCAAACUACUGCAAGAUGGAUAGUUACCGUCUGUACGCCACGGGGGAGUCAGGUAAACUGGUGGUGUUGUUGCUGGUGGAGGAGAACGAGCAGAGUGAGCAGAGUGUGAGGUACAGAGGUCUUCUGGAGGACGUGGCCUCACAACACAGACACAUCUACAGCAGAAACUUCUACUUUGGAUUCAUGGACGACAGCGACUACCUCACAGGACUGAUGAUGGGAGACGUGGUCGUUCCGUCCUUUGUCGUUGUUAAUUUGUCCAACGAUGGCUUCUUCCUGCCGCGAGGCUCCGUGGACACAGAAAAGCAACUGCUGGACUUCCUGAACGGGGUUCUAGAUGGAAGCAUCCAGUGUCAGGGAGGAAACGGGGUCGUCCAACGUGUCGGACGCCUCAUCCAUGAAACAAAACUCCUGCUAACCCCAGGUUCCGUUGCUCGGCUGCUUCCUGGUCGGCUUCCUGCUCGCCAUUGUGGUCUUCUUCUGUUACCUCUGCUGUAAAGCUCGACGCACCACGAGCGAUGAGGAUGAUGAUGACGCACCGGUGACGCCGUCACUGCAGCGCCACAAGAAGUCGGACUGAGGAGGACGUGAAGAGGAGCACUGAGCAGAACCAGGAAAGAAAGUAGUCAUAUGACCUGUGUCUGUCAAAUGAAAUAAAACCGUCAUAAUGAUCUAAAGAAAAA